GAGCAUAGACGCGAUUAAGCUAACAAGUUAGCAAUGUCAGGUGUCGAGGAAACUUCAAAUGAAUCUGUGGGGGUUAAAGAAGAUAAAGAGUUUGAUGUAGAGGCUGAGGACCAACUCGGGGAUGAUUUUGUCAUUGACCCAACUCGAUAUUUAUUUUACAGAGACAGAAAGGAGUGGGCUGACCUGGAGCCUGUUCCUCAGGAUGAUGGACCAAAUCCUGUAGUGAAGAUCGCCUACUCUGAAAAGUUCUCAGAUGUCUAUGACUAUUUCCGUGCUCUCCUGAAGAAUGAUGAAAGAAGUGACCGGGCCUUCGCCUUGACAGCAGAUGCCAUUGAGCUAAAUGCUGCAAAUUAUACAGUUUGGCACUACAGACGAGUACUACUGCAAGCCCUAUCAAAGGACCUGAGAGAGGAGAUGAGGUACAUUACUGCCAUCAUUGAGGAGCAACCCAAAAACUAUCAAGUCUGGCACCACAGACGUAUGGUGGUGGAGUGGUUGAAUGACCCUUCUGAGGAACUGGAGUUCAUUGCGGACAUUCUCAGCCAAGAUGCAAAGAACUACCACGCUUGGCAGCACAGACAGUGGGUCAUCCAGGAGUACAAACUGUGGGAUAAUGAGCUGGAGUUCGUGGAGAAUCUUUUGGAAGAAGAUGUGAGGAAUAACUCUGCAUGGAACCAGAGGCAUUUUGUAAUUUCUCACACUACAGGUUACUCUGAUCCAACCAUAGUGGAGAGAGAGAUACAGUACUGUCUGAGCCAGAUCAGGAAGGCUCCCCACAAUGAAAGCGCAUGGAACUAUUUGAAAGGGAUGCUGCAAGACAGAGGUCUGUCAUCUCAGCCAGGUCUGCUGGAGAGAGUCCUGGAGCUUAAGGAGACACACUGUUCACCUUACCUUCUAGCAUUUCUGUUUGAUUGUUAUGAGGAUGCCUUGGAGAUCAGUAACCAAAAGGAAAGUGUGGAGGAAGAGGAACAAAAGGAAACUUUAAGAAAGGCUCUAGAAAUUUGUGAACUUCUAGCACAGGAGAAGGACACCAUCCGUAAGGAGUACUGGCUGUUUUUGGGACGUUCUUUAAAGGGCAAAUAUGGAAGCAGUGAUCCCUCCAACGAGCCUGUGGCAGGGAACCCUGAACCGUCAGUGCCAGCAUCUGGGCAGCAGGAAAUUAGCUAGACUCACAGCAUUUCCACUCCUAUCCUGCUUCGUUAAUACUGUCGGCAGAACCAACCCAGGUGGUUUGAUAGUACUGUAAAUUGCUAUAAUGUAUAUUGCUGAAGAAGUUUCUUAAAAUAACCACAAAAAUAAGGUCAUGUAGUGAAAGGCAUUGAGACUGACACAGUCAAACAUACAAGUCAAGUCAAAGAAUAUUUCUCAGUAGAUAUCAGUAAAUCUCUUGCUUACUGAAAUCUAAUGAGACAUGUUGCAUCAGAUUAUUUUUGUCUUUUUCACCUUAAACCAGAAUAAUAACUGACUAUAUAAUCACACAUCAGUGUCAUACAUUUAUCCAGUUUAUUGGCAGCUUUGGAUUUAUUUUUACUCUCUUUAGACUCACUGACAGCAGCCCCCGGCCAUGGGUACUGAUAACACCUCUGUGUGUGGGUCUGCAUUUACGCAAAUGUCCAAUAUGUAGUCUUUGAGCAUUAGUAGGUCCACAUCCUGAAUUAAUAUCUGAUCAGAGAUGUAUACCAGCAGGAGCACUCAGACAUGUUUUUUUUAUAUGUCAUUGAUAAGUUAGCGUGUAGCAGUUUUCCUUAUACAGGAACAUGUUUGAAUGGUCACACAGUGACUCUAAAUAAGACAUUAAAUUAAGUACUGUGUCCAUGUAACCCACUCAUCUAAAUCAUGGAACAUUUCUUAAUUGUUUGGUGAAUGUAGACAUAGGGUUCAUGUACUUGUGUUUUCAUG